AUGAAAGACAUUUGUAACUAUCCCAUAGGACAAGAAGUAAUAUUAGAUAAACUAAUAUAUGAAAAGAGAUUUUUAAAAAAUAAGAAUAAGCAAAAUAAAAUAAAAAAUGUAAAUGAAUUGAAUUAUUAUUUGAAUAAUAAAUUUGACUUUUUCUUGGGUCAUAUGAAUUUUAUGAAAAAGAUAUUUAAAAAGAAAAAGAAAUUCUUAAAAGAUGAUGAGAGAGAUAAACAUAAGUAUAGAAUUAAAAAAGAGAUAGGAAUGAAUAAGAAAAUAUGUGGUAAGAGAAAAAAUGUAUCAGUUGAAUGUGACAAGAAAAAGAGACUUCAUAAAGAAAGAAGUAUUGAAAAUGAUAAUACUACGAAUAAAUAUAAUAAUAAUGAUGUCCCACAUUUUUCUAAUAAUUCUUCUAGUUAUAAUAACCAGACAAUAGAUAUACAAAAUGUAUCUGAAAAGAAUGAAUGUAAUAAAAUAAAGAUAGAAGGAAAUAUUUGUGAUAUAAAAAAUGAACAAGAUGAUAUGGAUGAAAAACAUUCUUUUAAUAAUUCAAUUAAUAAUUGUAAUGUGAAUAUAUAUAAUAAAAAAAAAGAAAUAAAUAAUGUUGUACAGGUUAAAAGAGAAAAAUCGAGCGAAAAGCAAUUAGAAAUAAAAUAUAAUGAUAAUAUAUGUGAUAAUAUAUGUGAUAAUAUAUGUGAUAAUAUAUGUGAUAAUAUAUGUGAUAAUACAUGUGAUAAUACAAGUAAUAAUAUAUAUAAACAUAGCAAUAAACAUAUAAAUAAUUAUUAUUAUUAUCAUUGUGAUGAGGCAUCAUCUUUAUUAUCUGAAGAAGAUAAAAAACUUCAUUCGUUCAGUCCUUUAUCUAAUAAUUCAGAAUUAAGCAACGUAUCUAAUAUGUCUCCUGAUAUGCUUUGUUUUGAAAAACAAUUUAAAUAUAUAUAUGAUAUUUAUAAACAAAAUGAUAAAAACGUUUUUCUCUUUUAUAAUCCUCCUGUAUGCAAAUGUGUAAAUAAAAAUUUAAAGGAACAAUAUUUUCGAAGACUGAAUGAUAAAUAUCCAUGCCUUUUUAACUGUUCAUAUUCUUUAGAUUCUAUGAAAAAAAUAAAAGAUGAUUUUAAAAAAAAAAGUGAAAAUAUUAAUGAUAAGAAUAUUAUAAAUAAUUCCAAGGAUGAAAAAAGUAACAACAAAUUAUUAAAUGAUAUAGAAUAUAAGAAUGAAGUUGCAGAUCAUUAUAAUAUAAAUAAGAACUGUGAACAGAAUAUAGAAGUACCAAAGAAGAUAGAUAUAAAUUGCCAACAAGAAAAUAUAAACGUGUCACAUAAUUAUGGUGAGGUGGCUUCUUAUGCAGUAGAAAUAAAAAUGUAUGCAAAGGCUUUUUUCGAAUUAUAUUUCAUGCAAAAAUAUGGAAGAAAUAAAGAUGUUUUAAAGGUUAAGUAUGAUAAUAAUAAUAAUGAUAAUAUUAAUAGAAAGGAUAAUAAUAAUAAUGAUAAUAAUAAUAAUAAUGAUAAUAAUAAUGAUAAUAAUAAUAAUGAUAAUAAUAAUGAUAAUAAUAAUAAUGAUAAUAAUAAUAAUAAUAAUAAUAAUAAUAAUAAUAAUAAUAAUAAUGAUAAUAUUGAAGAUCAUGAUAAACAUCCAAAUAAACACCCUAGUGAUAAUAAAAAAACUCAUGAUGGUGUUCAUAUUAAACAAAUCGAUGUGAAUAAUAUCAAUCACAAUAUUGAUAUACAUAAAAAAAAUAACAAUAAUAAUAAUAAUGAUGAGAAGAAACUUUGCUUUUCCUUCUUUUCAUCAACUGAAGAAGAAAAGGCUUUAAAAACAUACUUUGAUAAAUGUUUAUACAAAAUAAUAAAAAGACGAUCUAGAACAUGUGAUAAUAAUUUAUGUUGUGGUUUAUUAUAUAUUCCAUAUAGUUAUAUUGUUGUGUUGUUAAAUAGAAAGAUAGAGAAUCUAACAUAUGCAUGUACUUUUUUGAGAAUUCCUUCAGAUACAGAUAUAUAUUAUAAUAAUAAAAAGAAUGUAAUAACCUUAUGUGCAAAAAAUUCUCAACAUGAAUUUUUUUGUUAUUAUUCUUUAAAGCAAAAUAAUUAUGUUAAAAAUAUUAUUAUAUAUGAUAUCUAUUAUGAAGGAUUUAUUCCUUUUUUUAGACCAAUACUUAAUUUAAAGAAUAAAAAAAAUCAGGACAAAAUACAAAACUUUAUUACUUAUAAUAAAAAUAUAAAUUUAUCUAUUGUUUUUUUUUUGACAAAUACAAGAGAGAAAAAUGAAAAUAUCAAAUCUGAUGAGAAUAUGGCGGAUGAUGUGGAUGUUUCAAAUGAGGCAAAAGCAAAUAUACAAUGUAACAAAGAAGAUGAAAAAAAUGAAGAGAACAAUAUGAAAGAUAAUAAUACAUAUGACAUUUCUAACAAUAGUAACUAUGAUGAUGAUAUAAAAAAAAUGAGACUUAAAAUUUGUAAAAUAUUUAAUAUUAAUCAUCGUAAUAAUUUAAAUAACAAUAUGAGUACUUCAAAGAGAUAUAUGUCACAUGAAACUAAUCAAGAAGAUAAUAUUGAGAAAUAUUUUUCAAACCUUUGUAGUGGUAUGGAAGUAAUAAAUAAUAUGAAUAUAAAAAUGGUUGUAGAUAAAAUUAUUAAGAUAAUAAAUAAAAAUGAUAGUGUAUGUAAUGAGAAAUGUAUAUAUCAUGAGUAUAAUAAAAAUUAUAUGAAAUAUAAAGAUAUACAAAUAUAUUUAUGUGAAGAAAUUAAUUCAUUUAGUUUUGAUCGUCGUCCUUUAGUAAUUAAAAAAAGGGAAGUAAAUUUAUCAUCAUAUGUACAUUUUAAUAAAAUUAUUAAUAAUUUAUAUGAACAAAAGAAUUGUGGUCACUUAUUAGGAUUAAUUAAUCAGCAGUUAGAUAAUGAUAUUUUUAUUAAAACAUAUAUGAAGGAGAAGAUAUUACAAGGGGGUGUAAAUAAUAAUAUGUUUGAUCAUAGUACUUGUUCAAAUGAAGAUAAUAAUGAUAAUAUGUAUUAUGAUCAUAAUAGUAAUAAUAAUAAUAAUAAAACAUCUUCAUCUUCUUCUUCUUCUUCUUCAAAUGAUAUAAAAUUGGAAGAGAAGAAUCAAACUGUUUUAAAUAGUUCAGAUAUAACAAAAAAUAAUGAUGUUAAUAAUAACAUAGUUGAUGAUACAUAUUUAAACAAUAUAAAUAAUUUUCAUAAUAAUAAUAAAAAUAAUAAUGAUGAUAAUAUUUUGAUAACUCCUUCAGAAGAUAAAGAAAAUAUAAAAAAAUGUUCUGAUAAUAUAUUCAAUGAUACCUUUUUUAUUUUUAAUGAGAAUUCAGACUUAUAUACAAAUGAAGAAUAUAAAAAGAAUAGAAUAGAUACUAUAAAUAAUAAAAAUAUAAUAAAUGAAUAUGCAAAAAAUAAAAUGUUGAAAUAUACAAGUAACAAUUAUUUAAGUAAUAAAAUAUCUACAAAUAUCUUGCAGAACUUAUUUAAUAUAUAUGUUUCUUCUUAUUUAAUGAAAAAAAAUAAUUAUAAUAUAUCUCAUAUAGAAAAAAAAAAAAAAAAAAAAGAAUUUAAAAAUUUAUCAAAUAUAUAUAAAUUAAAAUAUAUGAAAGAAUGUUAUUAUUUUUUAUUCAAUAUGUAUAAAAAUAAAUUCCACAUACAUAUAAAAGAACAAGAGGAAAAGGUAAUACACAAAUAUAAUUGGAUGUAUGAGGAUUUUUAUUUAAACAGUCUUAUGUCUCAAAAAAGAAAAAAGAAAAAAAAUGUGAAAGAGAAAAUUAAAGAGAAGGAGAAAAUAAUAUAG